AUGCAGCGCCCGGGGCCUUUCAGCACGCUUUACGGGCGGGUCCUGGCCCCACUGCCCGGGCGGGCCGGGGCCGGGGGCGGGGCCUCGUCAGGGGGCGGGGGGAGCUGGCGGGCGGGAGAGCCGCACGUGCAGCCGCCCCAGCGCGAGCCCUCGGGCGGUGGGAGCGGACAUAUAGUGGCUUCGGCCGCGGCCCCGGCGCGCGCUCCGCCCGCUCCCGCUCCCGCUCCGGCGCUCGCGCCCGCGCCCCCGCUCCCGCCGGCACCCACUGCCCGGACCAUGUCCAAGACCGAGGAAGCUAAGCGGCUGGCCGGCCGCACGGCCGUGGAGAACCACGUGAGGAAUAAUCAAGUGCUGGGGAUCGGCAGUGGCUCUACCAUCGUCCAUGCUGUACAGAGGAUAGCUGAAAGAGUAAAACAAGAAAACCUGAGCGUUGUCUGUAUUCCUACGUCCUUUCAGGCCCGGCAGCUAAUACUUCAGAACGGCUUACCCCUCAGUGACCUGGACCGACACCCAGAGCUUGACCUUGCUAUUGACGGUGCUGAUGAAGUAGAUGCUGACCUGAAUCUCAUCAAAGGUGGCGGAGGCUGCCUGACACAGGAGAAGAUUGUAGCCGGCUAUGCCAAAUGUUUCAUCGUUAUUGCUGAUUAUAGGAAGGAUUCAAAGAACCUUGGUGACCACUGGGUGAAGGGAAUUCCCAUUGAAGUCAUCCCGAUGGCGUACGUGCCUGUGACCAGGGCCCUGUCCCGGAUGUUUGGCGGAGUGGCUGAGCUGCGCAUGGCUGAGCGCAAGGCAGGCCCUGUGGUGACGGACAAUGGAAACUUUCUGCUGGACUGGAAGUUUGACCGCGUGCACAAAUGGAGUGAAGUGAACACGGCGAUCAAAAUGAUACCAGGAGUGGUGGACACAGGUCUCUUUAUCAACAUGGCCGAAAGAGUCUACUUUGGCAUGGAAGAUGGCUCGGUCACCGUGAGGGAGAGGCCGUCUCACUGACCGAGGCCCCGCCGGUCGCCGAGGCAGAGAAGCCUUUGCCUUAACGUUCUUGCCCCGGGACGGCCGGUUGGAGCAUGGGGGUCUCCUGAAAUGUUGCCGAAUGCCCGUUCUUUUUUUUUUUUUAAGGAAAUAGAGAAGCAUAUAUAUUUUUUCUAUCUAAAAAUACUCACUUUUUUAAAGAAAAGAAAAAAAAAACUUUGAUUUCAUGUUUUAUAUGAAAUACUACCAAAAAAAAAAAACAACAACCCAGUUUUUUGAGUCCUUGACUUGAGGCUGCUGAUUUCUUAAGUUUCUGAGUGUUUAGUUUGCUGGGGAAUCCCAAAAUGUGAGCCACUGUGCCAGCCCAGUCCUUAAAGGGCCGGGCCAGCAGCCCCUGAUGCCUUACUGGAACCAUUGACGGUCUUUACGCCUUCAUUCUUGGUUUGUUGGUUUGCUUUUGAGUUUACAUUUUAAUAGCUCUCAGUGCAGUUACACUUUUAGAUCAAGUGUGUGUGGAGCCGAGUGAAAGCCUUGGCAGUGACCUUCAUGGACGAGCUAUUUUGAUCUCCGUACUCAUCACCCCUCGGCCAAGGUCAAGCCACUCCCCCAGACUGGGAAGCACAGGAGCCCUUGGCCUCCCUCACCAGGAAGGAGUUUGCCAGCACAACUCUCAUACUGCUGGGAGGUACCUCUAGUCAGGGGGAUUUGUUUUCUGUUGUUGACCUUUUUUUUUGGAUUCUUUGUUUGCCUUGCUCACCCUACAGUUUGUUGCUUGCACAGUUGGGCAUCAGAUGUCUCCUUUGCGUUCUGUGUGUUGAAAUAAAACAACUCAGUGCCACUUCAGUC